AUGGUCUCAUACACAUUUUCCGCUUUCCUAAUUGUUCUUCUCGGAGUAUGUUCGGCUUUGCCAAUGGAACAGACUGAUGACCAAGCUGAAUUCGAACAAGAAAAUGUCCUAACUCUCAGAGAUCGUACUAGAGAUUGCGAAGAGUUCACUGCCCUAUCCAUGGACAAGACUAACCCCAACUACUGUGUGAUUUUCUCGGCCUGUUGCAACAUGAACUUUGACCCCUUGAACGGAGAUAAAUGUCAAUCGAAGGAAGUGAAAUGCGAUGAAGACGUCUCUGUUUGUGUCUGGCGUAACUGUACUGAGCUUAUCACCACAACCACAACGACUACCUUGGCUCCAACAACUACCCAAUCAGCCUCCAGCUUCGGAUUAUCUUUAGCAGUUUUGGGAGCUUUCUUCGUCCUCAACUAA